UCUCUUUCGGAGUGAAACGAUUUUAUUUCGUGACGACAAAGACUAUACGACGAUUUAUAACUUUCGUUUUCGAGAAAAACACGCGAGAUCUUGGUCGAUCUAUGGUGGUGAGUUCAAGGUCCAAGGAUAAUCAUCCAAAAAGGUGGAAAGUUGAUACGUGUGUGUUCAACGACUUCUUCACGCAUCGUCUGCGACCCUUUUUUUCUUCGACUAAUUGUAAAAAAGAUUGAAGUUAGUGUGUUUGUGUGUGUUUAUACGUGUAGAACACCGAUAUCAAGCUUACAUACAAGAUACGUAUGUUGCUUCCGGUUUUGUAGGAGUGCACGAGAAUUGGCCAAGUGUUAACGUUCGAGGUGCAUCCGUAAGAACCGUGAGGCUGCUACCCUUCACUAUCCUUUUUCCCCCCUCUUACCACCCCGUUCCUACCUACCACAAGUACAACCAGUCACGGAUCGAGGAUCAUACCGCGAAUAUCGUGAAGCUUAAUAAGAACGAACCAUGCUGAUACUUCCGGACAUAAAGUUACAGGGGUCCGAUCCAAGGGUCGCGACAUGCAGAGGAAAAUUGCAGAAUAAACGAAGCAAAUUGAAUCAGGAGAUCAAUAAGGAACUUCGAUUACGCGCAGGUGCAGAAAAUCUUUUCAAGGCAACGACAAAUAGAAAACUCAAAGAAACCGUAGCUUUGGAAUUGAGCUUUGUUAAUUCAAACUUACAACUGCUGAAAGAACAGUUGGCUGAACUUAAUAGCUCGGUUGAGCUCUAUCAGAAUGUCGAUGGAGAGGAUCCUGUAAUGCCAAUGAUACCACUUGGUUUAAAGGAGACCAAGGAUAUAGAUUUUCGUGAUCCGUUCAAAGAUUUUAUCUUAGAACACUAUAGCGAAGAUGGGGAGAAUUAUGAGGAAGCUAUUGCUGAACUUAUGGAGAUUAGACAGGCAACGAGAACACCUACAAGAGACGCAACAGGUAUAGCAUUGCUUUUGCGUUACUAUAAUCAACUUUAUUUCAUCGAAAGACGAUUCUUUCCACCUGAAAGAAGUCUUGGCAUACAUUUCGAAUGGUUCGAUUCUUUAACUGGUGUACCAAGUCGUCAACGCACUGUUGCCUUUGAAAAAGCAUCCAUUUUAUUCAAUGCUGGUGCACUUUACACACAAUUGGCUGCUAAACAAGACAGACAUUCUACUCGAGGCUUGGAUCAAGCUGUUGAUGCUUUUCUUAGAGCAGCUGGAACUUUUCGUUAUAUUCACGAAAAUUUUACCAAUGCACCUAGCAUGGAUCUUGGACCUGAUAUGCUUGAAAUGCUCGUUCAAUUGAUGCUGGCACAAGCGAGAGAAUGUUUGUUCGAAAAAUUGGAACUUCAAUCUAGAGAAGGAAGAACGAUCGACAUUUCUUUGGACUUAGCUCAAGAAGCUGCACAAGUUGCUACUGUUUACAAUGACGUUCAUGGUCUGAUAUCUCGUGAACCAGUUCGCGAUUAUGUCCCAGAAACUUGGAUCUCUUUGAUAUUGGUUAAACGCGAACAUCAUUUGGCACUUGCUCACAAACAUCUUGCAGCUGGUUUGCUCGAUAGACCUAUCGCUGAUUUUCGAGUUGAGACGAAGCUCACGCUCGAACAUAUUCAAAAAAGUGAUGGGAAAACGCAAUUGGAAGUAACCGUGCCUAGAGAUGACAAUGAAAGAAAACUUUUAGGGAAAGCACAUUUAAGGGAAGCUUUGGUUUUGCACGAGGAAAGCCAACGGCUACAAAGAAUGUGCAGAGAAUUGAAAGGAAAACAAGCGCUGGCUAAAGUCUUGAAAAAAGGACAUGAAGCUACGCAUGAUAUGUAUAAUAAAAUUGGAGAUGAAGAUGAUUUUCGGGAACUAUUAGAUCCCCCAGAUAUCAUUGCAUCGACAAAGUUUCAAUUGAGCAUCACUCAUCCGGAUUUUGGUCAACACGGGGUGGAAGAUUUGUUUAGAUCAUUGGGACCUGUUGCUAUAUUUUCAGCGAAAAGGCAUUGGACUGCACCAAGGAAUGUUCAACUUCAAAGAGGACCCGAUGGUGAAGGUUUUGGAUUUAGUGUUCGUGGUGAUUCUCCAGUAAUUAUAGCUGCUGUUGAUCAUAAUUCUUUAGCAGAAAUCGCUGGUAUGAAGGAAGGUGACUUUAUAGUUGGUAUUGGUGACAAGGACGUCAAAUGGGCUUCUCAUGAACAAGCUGUAAAAUUGAUAAAACAAUGUGGUGACUUUAUUAAUCUAAGAUUGGUCACACCUAUGGACAGAAAUUACAUGAAGAAACCCGGAAAACCGAAUCAACAUGAUAAAGGAAGCGUUUCGGCGAGCAGUUCUUCAGGAGUGUCUUCUGGUCAACCUAGUCCAGCUGGCUCGGUUACAACAGCUCAUGUUACAAGAAGACUACCUUGGAAUCCUUUCAAGAAGUCGGUCAAUCAACGUGACAGCAGGGAUCUUACCUUUGACAACGUCAUCUUGAGAUGAUUGUUGAGGAACAAGAAAUUCCCUGUAAAGGUACGUCGGACGACACAACUUUUCGUUGCUUGUCUCGCAUCCGAUAUUAAAUUACCAUCGUGUAAAAUGCAAAGAGAAUGAUUAAUCAGGUAUACGUAGAUUAGAUCGGAUCGUAUCUUUAUAGAAAUGUAUAUAUCUAUAUAUAUAUAUUUAUACAAUUAUUUGUAUGUAUACAUAUAUAACAUAUCUUUAUCAUCCAUUUUUUUUUGUCUUUACAUUACGAACUUUCGCAUUUUUCUAAACGUGUUUUCAUUACUUACUCGAUGUAUUUGUAGAUAUUAUAAUUAUCAUUUCGAGUUAAGUCAAAGAAUUAACACGUUAGCAAAAUGUGAACGUGAUACGAUCAUCAUAUUCGUUUAAAAGUGUCGAAAAUCUGUCAGUUUUUUUUAAUCGAUCAUACGUAUCGUUUUUAAGCGUUUACAGUAAAUAUUUAUGUAUAUUAAAUCGUAAUUAUAAUCUCAUGUAUAGAUAUAUCUAUUAUGAAGAUAAUAGGUAUAUAUACCCUAUAUACAGGGUGUCUCGAAAGUCGUCUCACAGAACUGAAGAAUAUUACAAUUUAAUAUCUAU